UUUUUAACUUCAAGCAUAAGUUAACGAUGGCUUCAAAACUUGUUCCUGUUGUGCCUAAAUCUUUUGUAUCUCGUGCAGAAAGGGUGCGGCAAUGGCAACUUUUCUCGCGUCAAUGGUCUGUAAUUGAUGCUGACCGUCAAGAUAUUUGGAAGCUUGCACGUAAAGUAGCCCAACAUUUGAGUGGAAUGCAUAAACCAAUUUGGCAUCCUCAUACUGAUUGUGGUGAUAACGUUGUUGUUGUAAAUUGCCGUCAAGUUAGCAUGCAUGGAUUUGAUUGGAAACAUACACGAUUCUUUUUUGACAGAUUACGCCCAAGAAGCAAAGCAGACAUUCCAGCCUAUCAAAUUCAUGAAUAUGAUCCUUGUCGUGUAGUUUGGAUGUGUAUUGGACGUCAAUUGGGUUUCCUCAAUCAAAAUAGUAUUCAACAAAGGAUGUAUAUUGAACGAUUACAUUUGUUGCCUGAUACAGAAAUACCAGAAAUUAUUAAGAAAAAUAUUAGCAAUCAGGUAAUUUGUACUGUUUUUUUUCUGUCAUUUCGGCGAUUUGCCUAG